AUGCAGACGGAUUUCAAGACGUGGGAUGCUUUCGAAGACGAGGUUUCAUUUAUCUGGCGCAAUGCAAGGGACUACAACGAGGACGGAAGCGACAUCUUCAACUUGUCGGUCGAGUUCGAGGAGCUCUUCAAGAAACGCCUGGCCACUGCGAAAAGACAAGUCGACGAGCCCACACAACCAAAGAUCAAGCUCAACGCUCCAAGACCAAAGCCUGUACUACACCUUGGUGCCAGAGGUUCGCCCGCUCCACGAGGCACUCCUGCCGACGACAAGAAGGAAGAGACGAUGGCCAACGGCACAACCACAAGCAGCGCUGCUGCCUCACGCUCCAACUCCCAAGUACCGGUCACAGCAAACGCAACAGCAUCCAGCCCAGUCGCAACAACAACAGCUGUCAAGACGGAAAAGUCUGUAGCGGCCUCUCCGUCGCUCGCUACAGUGCGCCCACAAAGCAUCGCUCCAGACGCCAAGCAGAGUCCGAGACCUGGCACUGCCAAUUCCAUGCUCCCACCACCCUCUGUGCGCGGCGUCAGUGGCAGUCCACACCCUUCAAUGCUACCUCACGUUCCCUACGUGCCGCAAUAUGUGCCGCCCNCCACCUUCAUGGACAAGUUCGCUCGCUCAAAGCCUGUCUCCGAAGCUCUUUUGCCGAGUGUCGUCAUCACAGCGCAUCCGCAACUCAACAACCCCAAACCUUUCCGCAUAGACGUUCCACCCUCCAAACAAUUCACUCAGCAAUCUCUCACCAUGGCCAUUCCUGCAGCCCAAUACUACAUCAGCAUCAUCCCUACCGUCUCGCAGCGUCUUCUCAUGCAACGCCAGUACAAGUUGUUCGUCACCGUCAACAAUCUUCGCCUGAUGGGCACUACACGUGACUUCAUGGUUGGAGGGACUGCUGAUAGGAAGCAAGUCUACGACACGGCUCUCAAUGCUGGAGUCAACAGAAUCGACGUCGAAGUUGUCGCCGUCUCUGGUAGAAACGGUGCACUCGAGAUGGAGAAGGUGACGGUGUUUGCCAAUCUCCUGAAGUAG